GCCCAACAAAAACAAAAAAAUUGGUGAAUGCCUCUGCGCAUUCAGCUACAAGCAGAAUCGCGCCUCGCCAAUUUGAAAUUAGCGAUUCCUCCUCUACUCCAUUCACUUUUUGGUAAACUUAGCACACUUCCAACUGUACUAAAAAUGAAGUUCUCCGCCGACGUUUCUUCCUCGACCCGCAAGUGCCGCAAGGCCCACUUCACCGCCCCCUCCCACAUCCGUCGCAGACUGAUGUCUUCGGGUCUGUCGAAGGAUCUCCGCUCGAAGUACGAGGUGCGCACUAUCCCCGUCCGUCAGGGUGACGAGGUCAUUGUUACCCGUGGCCAGUACAAGGGUCGCGAGGGCAAGGUUGCCACCGUCUACCGCAAGAAGUGGGUUAUCCACAUUGAGCGUCUCGUCCGCGAGAAGGCCAACGGUGCCACCGUCCCCAUCCCCAUUCACCCCUCGAACGUCUCGAUCACCGCCCUCAAGCUGACCAAGGACCGUGAGGCCAUCCUCAGCCGCAAGGCCGCCGGUCGCAAGGCCACUCUUGACCGCGCCUAAGGUGUAGUCACUUUUUGCAAUUUCUAAUUUUUUGAUUGACGCUGCGUUGUGAAUACAUUUUCCUCUGCAGUGCGUGGAAGUGCUUAAAUAA